GAGAAGCAGAGUCAAAGUGAGGAGACGGAGCCAUGCCGCAGCCAUCUCUCUCGGCCACAUUGUGAAAUAGCGCGCAACUGCCCCCUCCCUGCGGCCACCUCCCAACCGCCAUAACCUUCACUUCCGCCUCCACCUCUCUCCCGAAUCUCCAUUUUCCUCCUUUCCACCAUCAAAACCCCUUCGCCUCUUCGAUUCAGCCCACAAAAUCGAGCAUUCUCCACUGCGAUUUAUCAGAAACCACCACUAAUCACUACCUCGACGACUCUCUAUUCUCAAAUCGCAUCGCAAAUCGCCGUUGACUGUUCCUCACAACGACGCGGUUUUCUUAUCACAUCGUGCAUUCCAUAACCCCAGGCCUAAAUACAGACUUAUGCUAAUCGUUUCAAGAUUCUAUCUCACCGGAGGUUCGGUUCGAAGCCUCAAAUUCAAUGAAAGAGAGGGUCAUGGAUCAUGGGGGUAGCAACCCAGAAACCAGACAAGGAAUUCCGCUUAAUCGAGCUAGGAGUUUAGGCUCGUCAUUUAGGAGAAGCUCUUUUAACUCUUCUUGCGAUCAGCCUCCUCUAACUGAUCAUGAUGCUGAAAGUGAGAGCGUUUCAGAAGCGGGGGACAUUGGGGAUCGUGCUCUUUACAGCAAUAGAUUCAGUGAUAGUGAGCGCUUUAGCUUAUCUCUCGAUCGUGCUUUGGAGAAUGGUGCAAUUGCCCCAAUUCCAGAGAACGCCUUCGUGCAAUCCUAUGGAUUUCGAGGUCGUGAAUCUGCAACAGUUAAUACUCCUGCUUCUCUUGUGCCACCUCAAGCUGAGGAAAUCGUGUCCACUCUUGCAAACUGCCCCAUAGAUCAUUCUGAAGACACAAAGCAAGAAAGCAAGAGGAAGUUUUCAAGGCUGUUGGAGUAUGUAACAUGCCUUGUUCAUCUUGCUGUUUUUGGAAUUCUUGGGGUCUUGACAAGAUAUGGACUACAGAAGUUGUUUGGCCCAGAGAAUGCAAACGUGACGAGCAAUGAGACGAUUCUGUAUCCAGAUCUGCCUUCCAAUAUGGUGGGAUCAUUCUUGAUGGGAUGGUGGGGUGUUGUUUUCAAAGGAGACAUUUCAGGCAUUUCAGAUUAUCUAUCCAUUGGAUUGACAACCGGUUACUUGGGAAGCCUAACAACAUUCAGCGGAUGGAAUCAGAAAAUGCUGGAUCUAAGUGUCGACGGCCGCUGGCUCUUUGCCAUCCUCGGUUUCCUCAUAGGCUUGUUUCUGGUGGCGUACUCCAUUAUCUUCGGAAUAGAGACAGCAAAGGGCUUCCGAUGGAUUAUGAAAAGAAAAAACAUAACCUGCAGCUGGUGCUUGAAAGUGGACAGUUACGAGCGUGACUUGGCAGCAAUGGUGGGGUUUUCACUGAUGCUGAUUCUAUUAUGGAGCCUCAGUGGGAGCCUACUGGAGAGAGAUUUCAGCAGCGAGGCGGCGGAACUGUGGGUGGGUUGCCUGGUGGGGCCGGUGGGAGUAUGGGCGCGGUGGUUCUUAGCCAGGCUAAAUGGGCGGGGAGUGGGGCGUAAAGGGCGGUGGAAAUGGGUGCCGAUUGGAACUCUGAUGGCGAAUGUUUUAGCGGCGUGUGUGAUGGCGGCGCUGGCGACGGUGAAGAAAGCUGUGAAAACGGAGAAGGUGGAGACGGUAGCGAGUGGGGUGCAGCUGGGGCUGUUGGGGUGUUUGAGCACGGUGUCGACGUUCAUUGCGGAGUUCAAUGCGAUGAGGCUGAGCGAUCAGCCUUGGAGAGCCUACGCGUAUGCGGCCCUCACGAUGGCCAUUUCCUUUGCAUUAGGCGUCUUGAUUUACUCUAUACCCGUCUGGACCCAAGGAUUCAACGAGUAAAAUGUUGUAAAUCCAUCUUGAUAAUUCAUAUGAUAUUAGUACUUUAUAAUUUUUUAUAUUUUUUUAU